AUGAUCACGGUCAGUCGGUUGCUGGUUCCCACAGCAAUACAAGCAGCAGCACCACCACCUCCUUCCCCUCCACUGCCACCAGCUGCACAUACCGAUGCGAGGCUACUCCAUGAUCUGGACCUGCUUCCCGCUGGCAUUGUGUCAUCAGGACGGAUUCGGGGGUUUCCAGCUGCAGUUCGCAAUCAAGCCUCACCGGAUGGAGCAGAUCCUCCACGCAAGCCAGUCGCUAGCUGCCGGGCCCCUGGGAGGGAGCAGAGGGGAGGGGAGGACCAUCCAUUGCAUUUUGGACGGGUCUGGGGAAUCACCCACACCGGCCGGUCGCCAACCGAAAGGUGCGCCCAGCAGGAUCUAGUGGUGAGCGACGAGGAUCAUCCGUCCGGCGACCUUUCCCAGGGUGCACCAUCCAUGCGUAGGGAAGGUUUAUUCUGGAUGGGGACCCUCCCAGCUGGGGCUGUUCUACUGGGAACUGGCACUAGGCACUCGGCACUAGGGAAGACGACGAAAAUCAGGACGCCGAAGAGAAUCGCAGUGCAAAUGCGCACUGGCUUGGCGUUCCUCGACCCCCCCGCAUCCAUGUUAGAGUUUAAAAAAAGCGCAGCCCGGGACGGGAUGGAUGGAUGCCCUACUGACCCUAUGAUUGCUGUUCAUUUACCCGCUAUGUUAGAGGAUACAAUAAGAGGAAAUCGCCCUAGAAUACUCAAAGCAGUACUGGUCAAACUGCCGGAAGCAUUGAUCACAAAGUUUGCCUAG